UGGCCUGGGGAUUGAAGAGGAGCGCGAGGAGGAUGUGAGACAGGGCCUGUAUGGAGACACAAGAAAAUAAGAGCCAUUGAAAAGACAACAAGCAGCGUGUUUUUCUUUUUCUGUCUUUAGAGCCUCUUGUCAGCCGAAAGAUUAGUUGUCAUAUUGGAGCCUAAUCAGCCGUAAGAUUAGUUGUCAUAUUGGAAAGAGUGGGGUAACAGUUAGAUAGAUAGAUAGAUAGAUCCUCAGGGGAAAUUCAAGAAACUGUGCUCUUUUCGUAAACCAGUGCAAGAAUUCUUUACCAACCUAUAGGAGCCGUGCGGCUGGUUUCAGGCAGGUGAUGGACCCUUUUGUAGAGAGAUUCAAGGCUGGUAUGGUGCUAGCUGGGGUUGGAGAUGCUCUAGGAUACUACAAAGGACACUGGGAAGGGUGUACAUCUGGAGCUAAAAUCCAGGAAGAGCUUGCGACUCUCGGGGGUCUGGCGGCCCUGAAACUGGACUCUGAAAAUUGGCCAUUAAGUGAUGGAGCCCUGAUGCUUAUAACUACAGCCGAGGCAUUGGUCACAGAUUAUUGGUGCUUGGAGGACUUAUAUCGUGAGCUAGUGAAGCAGUAUGUGGUGGCCAUGGUGUUGCUGCAGGGUCGCCCCCCUGAUCCCAGUACCGUGGAGGGCUGUGCCUAUCUUAAGCCCGACAACUUCCUACUGGCCUGGCACACCCCCUUCAACGACAAAGGUUCAGGUUUUGGUGCUGCAACAAAAGCCAUGUGUGUAGGAAUGCGAUACUGGCAACCAGAGAGACUCGACAGCCUUAUCGAAGUGAGCAUUGAGACAGGUCGUAUGACUCACAAUCAUCCCACAGGUUUCCUGGGCUCGCUCUGCACAGCGCUGUUUGCCUCUUAUGCCCUACAGGGCAAGCCAGUGGUCAGCUGGGGUCGUGACCUUCUGAAAGUCAUUCCUAAAGCUGAGGAAUACUGCAGAAAAACCAUUCGUCACUUGGCAGAGUACCUGGAGAGAUGGUUUUAUUUUGAAGCCAAGUGGCAGUUUUACCUGGAGGAAAGAGGGAUCAUAGAGGAAGGACAAGACAAGCCCAUCUUUCCUGGGAACUAUGAUGCUGUCGAGACAGACAAGAUGUAUAAGCACUGGAGCUCCGAAGGGCGGCCAGGGAGAAGAGGACAUGACGCUCCCAUGGUCGCAUAUGAUGCUCUAGUGGCUGCAGGGUCUGACUGGACAGAGCUAUGCAAAAGAGCAAUGUUCCAUGGAGGAGAGAGCAGUGCAACAGGUCUAAUAGCAGGAUGUCUUUAUGGGCUUUUGCACGGACUGUCAAAAGUACCGGCUGGACUGUACCAGACUGUGGACAAACGCGAGCAGCUGGAGGAACUAGGAGGGAAGCUCUUCCAUGCAGCAGCAAAAGAGAAGGUCGUUCACAUACGCCAUAUUGGACCCAUGAUGAUGGCAAAGGUGUGGGCAGCAACGACAGCUCCCUUGGACUCCAAAACUCUGAGGCGAAUUAUUCGCGACAGGAUGACCCUCCCAGGAGUGCGUGCCGUUCUGGAAUGCCUUCUACAGUACCUCAUCCAGGAGUUAUCCAACAGAAACAACCUGCAGAAUGACAAGAAGAGCCAAGAAAGGUCGGAACCAAAACACAUCAUCAAAAAUGGAGCACAAGAAAGCAGUGACAUUAGACAUAUAACAUCAUUCCAGCUCCUUCGAGCCAAGUUCCUGAGACCCAAAUCCGAUCAAACUCAAACUCGACAAUGCAAAGUAGGGUCUUGCUCUUUCAAGCGGUCUGGUGGCCUUGUCAGGCAAGCCUCCAGAGAUUCGAUGAAGCGACAAACAGUAGGUGUUCGAAGUGUGAAACACUUGUCAGCCAUCUUUGCAGCCAAGGAAAAGAGCGACGCCAACAACAUGCGGAUGGUACAGCAUGGGGCCAGACCACAUGUCAGGAGAUCGGUUUUAGCUGCCUUAGAGAAGUUUGAGACCAUUGGUUCUGUCCACAGUGGAGAUGAUUGUGUAACAGCUCGGAAAAACAAAGAUACUGAUGAACAUGUGAAUGACAAAUGUCAAAGAACAAAAGGGAGAGGUCAAGGAUCAGAUAAGUCAGCUAGAGUUCAAAGCCCAACAAAGAAUGUAGAUGGAAACCAAUCAGAGCAACACUCUCUUAAAAACUCUACAUGUGGCUUAGUGAUGGCAGAGGCUGUGUGGACCGUGGCAACAGAUCAUGCAGAUAUUGUACAGCAGGUUCCUGGAGAAGUAACUGCAAGUGAACUUUCAGGUGAGGAUGUACAAGAGAAAAGCUCAGAUAAUGGCAGGCACAUCUCACCUCAGACAGCUCAGCAAGUGAAAUGGGCCAAUGUGGAGGAAGAUAGUGUCUGUGAGGUGGUUCAACAGAACAGCUCUGAACCUCACAGUAAUCUGUGCAUCACUGUUGAACCACAGAACACACAGAGGGUUGCCAUUCUAUCGUAUCCCCAGGUCUGGUGGUUGCCCACUACUGAAUUGCCAUUAGUGACACCGCUGAGUAUAGAUUCACAACAUUGCACUAACCAAUCAUCAUUAGUAUUAGAUUAUUUGGAAACCCAAUCCACAGAUCUUACUGGGGAGGCUGAUGGAAAGCAAGUCACUAAAUGUUUACAUGCAGCAGAGUCACAUGACUCCAAACCUUGCCAGGACCUCUGUGAACAACCACAACUCUGUGAGUCAGAUCCACAGGAAUUCCUAUACGAGUGUCCAUCUGUUCCAGGUGGUUCCUUCCACCCUCAACCAGAUUUACAGCCCCAGGAAUCAGAAUUCCAGAGCGAGGCUUCUGUCUCACAGAAAAACCUGAAUUACAAUUCAGACUCGGUAGAUUCCAAUAGACCUCUAACUCAAUCUCAAAAUGAUCUUAUCACAAAAGCACAGCUAUCAGAAUUCCAGAGUGAGGCGUCUGUCUCACAGAAAAACCUGAAUCACAAUUCAGACUCAGUAGAACACGGAUGCCAAUCAAAUAGACCUCAACCUCAGUCUCAAAAUGAACUCAUCCCAACUCACGCUAAGAUGUCAGAAAGUGAUGAAACGAGUUCACCUCCUGAAGCCGUCACAUCACAAUCAGAAGGACCAGACACCGAAACACAUGUGACGUGUGCUGAACUAUCUGACACUUCAACAACCCAGUUGUGUAGACAGAUAAUUAAUAAAACAUUUAAUGCCGGUUCUCCUCACACAGCAAGUCAUGGACAAGGUGAAUGCAACAAUAAGCCAGCCAUUGUACAUACAAACAAAGGUGGGAGGUUGUCUAUACCAGUGGAAAAUAAGACAUUGCAAGGGGAUGAGCAUGAAGGUAUCAUCCUAUGCCAAAAGAAAGAGGAUAAUUUGAAAACAGAGAUUCCGACUAAAAGCCCUUCACAGAAUGAGGAAGCUGAAAGCUGCCGUCUACAAGCCCAGUCUGUUAGAGCAAAAUAUAGAACAUUUCAAUAUGAAGAUCCAUGCAAGGAGAAGAAGUACAUUCCCAAGACAAUUAGAUUCACAGACACAUUUUAAUUUUUAAAUUAUAUUUAAUGAUAGUAUACAUAUCUUAGAAGCUAUUAUUGUCUAACUACACAUUGUAUUUUGCGAAUACAAUUGAUAUGCUUUAAUUUAAUAUAUUUAUGUUCAAUAUUUCAUGUGGACCUCAUUUAUCAAGAUCAGAACACCCACUGUACAAAAGUGUGUGUUUGCUGUAUGCUGUGCCUAACGUGUUAUUCCCUCAAUUGGUUAUAUGAUUGUUAUUCCUCAACCGACUUAAAUGAAUAGCAAGCUUGCAUCCUGGCGGGAAAAUCCAGGGCAGAACAAUGCUAAUCA